AUGUCUGUCGAAGAGCAUAUAGAAGGAAUUUAUCCUGAUGAUGAUUUGAAAACGGGCCAGCUCUCUGUUGAUCAGGAUUUAGUUAAACUUUCACUAAGAAACACAUAUUGGACUAAAGAUUAUAUUACAGGUAUCAAACUAUUUACAAAACAUAUGAAGGGACAAAAUGAUUUGUUAAUUAGAGAUGUGAAGUUUUAUGACGAUUUCGUUGGCAAUUUUUGGAAGCCAACAUUAAACAGCCUGCAAAAAUUAGGAGCAACUAAUUCAAUGAACAGAAGGCUGCUCGAAGUAAUAAAUAGACGGUUCAAUAUAAUAUCCACAGAGCAUAUUGAAAAAAACUGUAGAACACCACUGCAAGAGCUCAGAAAUUUGAAUGAAAACUUUCUUCGCGAGGCAGAGAAAGAUUUAUCGUCCCAUUAUUCAGUAUAUGCCAAGAAUUUAGUCAAAGUAAAACAAGCAUUAAGUGGGUGUAAGAAAAAAGUUCAAUACAUAUUCAAGUUGGAGAAAGUUAAGACCCAAAUGGAAGAUUGUCCCCCUGCUUUCAAUGACGAUAAGGAUGACGCGUCUUCAAUCAGGUCUAAAUUUAUAUGCGAGUUUCCUUACACUUUGGACGAAAGGUUAAAAUUUGAUGAUUACAAUCAAUUUAUGUCAUUUUUGCAAAAUUUAAAGGAAACUGUUGUCUCAGAGAAAAACAUGUUUCCUGUUCCAGGGUUGCCAAAUGAGAGUUUUCAGGGCAAGUCUUUAGUUAAGGAAUUGAAGAAGUUAGAUCCCAAACUAGUCAUAUCUCUUUUCAAUAUUGAUAGAAUAGGCAAUGAAUUUAUUCUACUAGGUGUAAUACAGGAGUAUUCCUUGAAUUUUUACUCUAGCAAAAGCCCCCAGUUUGACCAGGAAAAGUAUUACUAUUGGAGCAGUGAAAUACUCAGCAAGCAAGAAAAGAAUAAUAGUGCCAGAACCAGGAGUAAGAAACCGUAUGGUGAAUUAACACAAUCCGAUAUCGAACAUGAAGAAAGGGCAAAUGUAUCAUCCAUUAGAACGUCCAUAUCUGAUUGGAUUCGCAAAGUUAGCUUGCAUGACAGUGAUGAUUGCGAUGCAACGGAAAGUGCGGAUAUAAAUGACGACGAAUGGAAAGACUUAAAGCGGCAAUUAGAAAUAUUACAAGACGAUUUUUUCUCUAAAUUCUGCCAGUUGGAAUAUAGCAAAGUGCAAUUAGAGAAAGCAAUAUACGAAUAUUGUAGGAAUUAUUCUAAAAUGGAGGAUGAAAUAAAAAGAACUCUUUUAAUAUCGAACAAGAUUUUUCAGCAAAAAUGUGAAGAAUUUACUGAAUCAACUGUAUAUUCUUUGCAAGAAGAACAGUUGCCACAAAAAAGUGAUGGCAUAGAAAUAAGAGGAUUUUUUCUUAGGGAUAACGGUAUACCGUUUCGCAAGUGGAAUAUCAUGGAGACAAGUGACCCAGUCAAUCUUUGCAAGGAAAUAUCCAUUGAAAGUGAGAAUUUUUUCUGUGGUAGUGAUAUAAACAAUGACGCUGCUUAUGCAGAUAUUUUAGAGACGAUAAAGGCCAUACUCCGGCAGGUUGAAAAAGAACCAAAUGCUAGAAAAAUUGCACAAAGUUGGCACAGAGACAUUGAUUUUAUAAGGGUCUCAAAUUUAAAAAGAGAUCUUUUGGAGAAAUUCAAAGUAUCGAAAACUACCGAGAGUACGAACUGCUUAGUAACUGCCCAGUUUUUGGAAAAUACGCACACCUAUGUGACUAACGAUUUUGUCGGACUCAUUAAAUUAUGGCUAUUGGAGCUACCCGAUAGCCUAAUACCCUCAAACCAUUAUGAUGACUUGGCCAGGGCAAAGAGGCCGCUGAUUUCCUUAUGUAAACAAUUACCUACAAGUUCCUUAAAAUUUCUACAAGAAUUAGUAUACCAUUUUCAACGACUCGACAGCGAGCCCUCACUUCCACCACAAACGGUGAGAACUUUGUUUAGAGAUAACAGUGACAUAGACAUCCCAUUGGCGCACCACUUUGUUAGAAAGACAGGCUUACAGAACCCUACUGACAUCAAAAUUUUAUCACCAGCACUGUAUGCUUUUUUCAUCAGUCGAGAAACCUCAAAAAAUCUGCAAAAACUAAUUACUAAUGACCCUACCGCGACGACAACAGCUGGGCCACUUACAGACCCACCGAUGAUAAUUAUAAAGGAUACAGCCAUACCUACAACCUCUACUCCUAACCCACCGCUCAACAACAAGGAUGGCCCUUUCAUACCACGGCCCUUCAAGACUAGCUCUACUCCGACAACCCCAGAAAGACCUAAACGUAAGAGCGGCCUCUUCUUACCCUUCAAUGUCAACGGCUGCCCCUCUACAUAA